CGUAGAGGGCGGGGCUUAGAAUUACGUAGAUUGUAGUUGAGACAAAAGUGAGCUGUCCUGUCUGCUCUGUAGACUUUACAGUAAAUAUAUUUCUAAAGAUGUCGGUGGUUAGUGGGAUCCUAAAUCGAAAUGUUUUGGCUAUUAGGAACUCUGGCAUGAUGGUGAUGGUACGGCAUGCUCAGACGGCCGCAGCCCCUGCCCCCGAACCAAGGAUCAAGAAGUUCCAGAUUUACCGCUGGGACCCAGACAGUGCUGGAAACAAACCACGAAUGCAGACAUAUGAAAUAGAUCUCAACAGCUGUGGUCCAAUGGUUCUGGAUGCCCUCAUUAAGAUCAAGAAUGAGAUUGAUCCCACACUCACAUUCAGACGAUCCUGCCGUGAAGGUAUCUGCGGUUCAUGUGCCAUGAACAUAAAUGGAGGCAACACACUAGCAUGCCUUAACAAAAUUGACACCAACACGAGCAAACCGACCAAAAUCUACCCGCUGCCGCACAUGUAUGUGGUCAAAGAUCUGGUGCCUGAUAUGAGCAACUUCUACGCACAGUACAAAUCCAUCGAGCCCUACCUGAAGAAGAAAGAUGAAGCACAGGAAGGGAAGGAGCAGUAUUUCCAGUCGGUGGAGGACAGGCAAAAACUGGACGGGCUGUAUGAGUGCAUCCUCUGUGCCUGCUGCAGCACCAGCUGUCCCAGCUACUGGUGGAAUGGAGACAAAUACCUGGGACCUGCUGUCCUAAUGCAGGCAUACCGGUGGAUGAUAGACUCCCGUGAUGAAUUCACUGAGGAGCGUCUGUCUAAGCUUCAGGACCCUUUCUCUCUCUACCGCUGCCAUACUAUCAUGAACUGUACUAAGACGUGUCCAAAGGGACUCAACCCAGGAAAGGCCAUUGCAGAGAUCAAGAAAAUGAUGGCGACCUACAAAGAGAAGAAAGCAGCAGCUUCAUAAACAUGUCAACAUCCAGCGGAUCUGAGAAUCACUGACAAAAGUCAAGAAGAUUAUAAGAACCCACCCGGUGAUAUUUAGCCUACAUUAGCACAUUUUUAUCACUUUCAUGAGAGUGUAACACAUGAAUAUGUGGAUGUCUGUAUAAGUGUGAGGUGAUAAAGGAGACAAAGACAGGAAUUUGUGUGAAAAGGGUUCUGCAAAGGACAGUUCAGCCAAAUGUUGAAACAUGUUGGAAUACAUUUCUUGCUAUUUGUCGGCAAAGUAGAAAUUCUAAGCUCUGUUGUAUUUAUUCUUUAAGCAUGAAACAAUGUACUGUAAAUAAUUCAUUAUGUGUUCAUUAAAGACCAUUAUGGAAAUUGAA